GUAAGUUAUUCGCCAGAAACAGUCGUAAAGGUUUAGGUUUCCCCUAGGUUGUCUUCCUCCAUGGCCACUGCUUAUACCAAGCUUCUCCUAACUGACCUUGUUUCUUCUCAUGUUAAUCAAGUCCCCUACAACUACAUCAGGCCUCUUUCCGACCGUCCUGACCUGCUUAACGUGGAGUCCAAUGCAACGAUUGCUCUCAUAGACCUGCAAGGUCUCACCGGCGCUAAUCGAUCCCAGGUAGUUAAAGAAAUUGGUUUGGCAUGCCAGAAUGACGGAUUCUUUCAGGUUAAGAAUCAUGGCAUCCCAAAGGAUGUCGUUGAUGGCAUGCUACGUGUUGCGAAGGAAUUCUUUCAUUUGCCGGAGUCGGAAAGACUGAAGACCUACUCCCAAGAUCCUAGGAAAACGACCAGGCUGUCGACCAGCUUCAACGUGAAGACCGAGAAAGUAAGCAACUGGAGAGAUUACUUAAGACUCCAUUGCUACCCUCUCGAGAAUUUUGUGCAUGAGUGGCCCUCCAAUCCUCCAUGUUUUAGGCAAGUUGUUGGCGAGUACUGCAAGAACACGAGAGAGCUAGCCUUGCGACUGUUAGAAGCCAUUUCCGAGAGCUUGGGGCUUGAGAGUGACUACAUGGAGAAGGCACUGGGAAAGCAGGCGCAACACAUGGCAAUAAACUACUACCCUCCUUGCCCCCAGCCAGAGCUAACCUAUGGCCUGCCGGGCCACAAAGACCCCAACGCCAUCACCAUUCUUCUCCAAGAUGGAGUCUCUGGUUUGCAAGUCUUCAGGAACGGCAAGUGGGUGGCCGUCAACCCAAUCCCAGAUACCUUAGUCAUCAACAUCGGUGACAUGAUGCAGGUUCUCAGCAAUGAUCGUUUUAAUAGUGUGCUUCAUCGUGCAAUUGUGAAUGGUACAAGUGAGAGGAUCUCUGUCCCUACUUUCUAUUGCCCAUCUCCAGAUGCCUUGAUUAAACCAGCGGAAGCUAUAGCUGAUGAGGAGCAUCCACCCAUGUAUCGAAGCUUCACCUAUGAGGAUUACUAUGUGAACUUUUGGGAUCAAGGGCUCCAAUUUGCAAGUUGCCUUGACGUAUUUAAACUUUAGAGCAUGGAUCUCUGCAGUGUGCAUGUGU